AUGCUUCCAACUAUCCCUAAUGAGCGGAAGAGACCUGCUGAAUCUGGUGAAGAACCGGAUGCAGGGCCAAAAAUAGCCCCGGCUCCAGAAGUACCUGAAGAACCAGAAAUCAUCGAGAUCCCAAUCUACAAUCGCACUCAAGAUUUCACGUCGAACUCCGACCCAAACCUGUCGGAUUGUGUCCUUGUGGCGGAUGGUCGGAAGUUCUACGCCGAUAAAAAAAAUCUCGCCCGUCACUCUCUGGUUUUAAACAAAAUGUUUUUCGGGCCGUCUUCCAACCAGGACGAAAUAAAACUAGACGACGUAACUGAGGAGACUCUCCAGAAAUUCCUGGAGCUCAGUGUGGGCUGUCAAGGCGUUCUCAGUGAUACAAACGUCGAGGGAGUCGUAAAACUCGCCCAUAAAUGGAGUGCUCCAGUGAUAAAAGAGGCUUGCGGGGAGUACGUGUCUAAAGAAUGUUCACUUUCACUUGAAAAGAAAUUGGAACUCGCUUCGCUGUUCCGAUUGAGUGAUAAGGUCAAGACUUCAUUGGUCUCCUCAAUAAAAGAUUGGACAAUUUUGGACUCUAUUAAAGACUCAACGAUCACAAUCGGCCAUGACACAUGUCUCAUGAAUCUACUGUUCAACAAAUGCAUGGAGCUUCAAAAAAAUCAACCAGUAGCUGUUAAUACAGCUCAACCACUUGUCCCGCAGGCUCUACCACAGGUCUCGCGGGCUCUAGUCGCUUUUCCUAUUCCGCUUCCAAUUCCGCCACUAAGAGGCCAACAAAAUUACGAAGAAUAUCGUCGAAGAGUGCGCGAGAGAAUAGAGCAACAUUCUGUCGAUGAACACAUGUACAAUAGAAGAGGACCAAGAACACCACCACCGGCGGGAAUUCCAGACUUCAUUCAUAUUCCACAAGAAAGAGACUAUCUACGUUUUUAA